AUUUUUACGUGUAUGACAAAAUCCAAUGCCUUCAACAACCUUUCAGGAGAUGUGAUUCCAGUCCACUUUGCACGUAAGCAAAAACUGAGGCGGCGUAGGAAAAGUACAAGUGUUUGGCUUUUUAGUUACGCUGUUCGAGACGCGCAGUCUCUUCUGCUACGAGAUAACACCUGUCAAAGUCUCGCACCGCCACGUUCUUUUAUGCGACCUCGCUCUAUAAGGAUGCACACUUUUCUCCGCUGAAUUUUCAAACAGCAGGAAAGGAGCGGCCCGGGAGAACUGCGCAGGCGCCUCUCCGGGCCCCGGACACCGCCUCCAGGGCACUGGUGUCUGCGUGGAGAAACUCGCGGAGCCCCGCCUGACUACCAACACGCAGGCGCGAGGGCGCGUGCCCUGCGCUACCAGCUCUGAUUGGCUGCCUCUCCUGAGAGCACCGCCCAAUGGGAGGCGUGGAUAGUGAAGGGUCCUACACUACUGGAGUGGAGGGUCUGUGUCAAGAGCGGCAGGGUCUGCUUGGAGAUACCUGACUAUAGUGGCUACGACAGACUCAGAGACGUGAGACCAUGAAAGGCUGAGGCAUAAACCUUUAACUACAACUUGACUGACAGACUGGCACUGCCUUCCCCAUAAUGGCAGAGAUGGUGGCAGAGGCAACUGAGAUACCAACACAAUCAUCAGGAGCAGUGGAAAUCUCACCCACCGUGUCAGGAGAGCUGGCAGAGAUGGUGACAGCGGUGACUGAGAUGACCUCUGGAGAGGCCCUUGCCUCGUCCCUCUUCUUCCAGCACCACCAGUUCAUGUGCUCUGAGUGUGGCAGCCUCUACAACACCCUGGAGGAAGUCCUCUCCCACCAGGAACAACACCUGCUCACCGUGUCAGAGGAGGAAACGCUGACCACCCAGGACGCAGGCCUGGAGCCUGAGCUAGUGCCUAGCACUGGGGAAGGACCCUUCCAGUGUGGUGAAUGCAGCCAGCUCAUCCUCUCUCCCAGCGAGCUCCUCGCCCACCAGGAUGCCCACCUGCAGGAGUCUGCAAGCCAGAUCCAGUACCAGUGUGGAGACUGCCAAGAGCUCUUCCCCUCACCUGAGCUGUGGGUAGCUCAUCGCAAAACUCAGCACCUUUCCAGUGCAGCGGACGAGCCACCGUCUCCUUUGCCUCCCCCAACACCACCACCACUACCACCACCACCACCACCACCACCACCAGAAGUCAAGAUGGAACCCUACGAGUGUCCUGAGUGUUCCACCCUCUGUGCCACCCCUGAGGAGUUCUUGGAGCAUCAGGGCACCCACUUUGACUCCCUGGAGAAAGAAGAGCACAAUGGGUUAGAAGAGGAGGAGGAGGAUGAGGAAGAGGGGGAGGAGGAAGACUACGAUGAUGAAGAGACGGAUGAGGAGGAAGCAUCCUCAGAGCUCACUGCUGAUGACACGGGAGGCGACAAGUCCACGGCUGACUCAGCUCAGAGCUGUGGGGAUUGUCCACAGCACUGUACCUCUUCAGGGGCACGCCGCAAACACCGAAGGGCAUCUCACGGCCCAGCCUCAGCCACCCAUGCCUUCCACUGCAGCCAGUGUCAGCGCAGCUUCAGCUCAGCGAACCGGCUGGUGGCUCACGGCCGGGCCCACGUGGGUGGCACCCAUGAGUGUACCACUUGCUCUAAGGUCUUCAAGAAGGCUGCCUCUCUGGAGCAGCACCAGCGGCUGCACCGUGGGGAAGCCCGCUAUCUCUGUGUGGACUGUGGCCGUGGCUUUGGCACUGAGCUCACACUGGUGGCCCAUAGACGGGCCCAUACUGCCAACCCACUGCACCGCUGUCGCUGUGGCAAGACCUUCAGCAACAUGACCAAGUUCCUGUACCACCGACGAACUCACACUGGGAAAAGCGGAACCCCCACCAGGGUAGCAACGGUCUCCCCAGCUCCAGCUGAGCCCACGCCCCCACCCCCGCCCCCACCUGCCCAGCUGCCCUGUCCACAGUGCCCCAAGUCCUUCGCCUCAGCCUCCAGGCUGUCCAGGCACCGGCGCGCAGUACAUGGCCCCCCUGAACGCCGACAUAGGUGUGGGGUCUGCGGCAAGGGCUUCAAGAAGCUCGUCCAUGUGCGCAACCAUUUGCGGACACACACGGGUGAGAGGCCCUUCCAGUGUCACUCCUGCGGCAAGACCUUUGCUUCUUUAGCCAACCUCAGCCGCCACCAGCUGACCCACACAGGAGUGCGUCCCUACCAAUGCCUGGACUGUGGCAAGCGCUUUACACAGAGCUCCAACCUGCAGCAGCACCGGCGGCUACACCUUCGGCCUGUGGCCUUUGCACGUGCCCCUCGCCUUCCCAUCACGGGUCUCUACAACAAGAGCCCCUACUACUGUGGGACCUGCGGCCGCUGGUUCCGCGCCAUGGCAGGCCUUCGGCUGCAUCAGAGGGUCCAUGCCCGAGCAAGGAGUUUGACCCUGCAGCCUCCCAGAUCACCCUCUCCGGUCCCACCCCCACCCCCUGAACCUCAGCAGACUAUCAUGUGCACAGAGCUUGGGGAGACCAUCGCCAUCAUUGAGACAUCCCAGCCGCUGGCACUGGAGGACACACUGCAGCUAUGCCAGGCAGCACUGGGGGCCAGUGAGGCAAGCGGACUGUUGCAGUUGGACACAGCCUUUGUAUGACCCGGCGCAAGAGCAAUGAGAAAAGGGGUUUGCUUACUAGCUUGUGUCUGGGCACCUCAGGGGAGAAGAGGACCCCUCCUGGCAAGCUAACCUGGCAUCCACACGUCAGGGUCCACCCUGUUGGCCUCUCCUAACUGCUGACUCCUCAGGGUUCCUCCUGUUACCUUUCCCUGCCCCAGGUGAAACUGAAGCUCUGACAAGUGAUGGGAUCUGUCUGAGUCCUUACCAACUGCAUUGCAGAAUGGGGUUUGCCAAGGCUCUUUGCACGGCAUCACCCGGUGCUCAGCAACAUCAGGUAACCUUUAUUGAGCACCAACCAUAUGCCAGACCUGUGCCAGACACUCCCAUAUACCUCUUCAGAUCUUCUGCUUAAAACUCCCCCCCCCCUGCUCCUCCUCCCCAAGAACUUGGGGUGUUUGGGACUUAGCUCUACCUGGUAUAGGAAGGCACUUAGUUUCAUGAGGCGUGCUUCAUUUCAGUUUUGACAGUAUGAAAUCUGUAGGUGACCCCAGUACUCAGCCCAGCCUGGGUGACCUUAAAAGCCCAGGAAUGAACCAGUCACAGCUCCACACUCGGGCAUGCUCAGCCCAGUAGGGGCAACUGACUGAAUACAGACAGUUGCCCUAUACAGACAGUGCUGCCUGUGGCUCAUUGUGCCUGUGUGCCCAAGCCUGUGUGCACAGGCCAUGGUGCGGCAGGCUAAAGGAGAGUUGGGUCUAAGGAGUCCUGGGCUGAGGUGGGGAUGUGCAGGGACAGUGGAAGAGACUUCCUAGUGGUGCCAGUUCCUGAAGUAAAAGUAGGAGACUGCCAGCACAAGAGGAAAAUAACCUUUCAGGCAGGCCAUCCAGUUACAGCUGCAGUAUCAGGCAGGACACUUGGUGUCUCUCAGGCCUGAGAUGGACCUGUGUACCAUCCUGGCUGUGCAAGUAAGGACGCAGCACUGAGACUAGCCAGGGUUGCAGAAUGGGUGGAGGCUCCGUGAGAUGAGAAUGUAGUUCUUAGUCCCGUCUCUAUUAUUGUAAGACCUGACCCCUCAGGGACCCCAGAGAACACUUGGUCCAUCCCUGACCCAGAGCUCUCCCUGCUUCCUAACUGGUUGGAAUGAAAGGAGGAUGAGAUCAGUCCUGCAGAGCAGAAAGGUACCCCUGGGGCUGAUGUAAGCAUCUAGCAGGGACCCAAAUCGCCCUCCCCUCAAGGAUAUGUUCCAAAAUUACUUUUUCUGCAUCAGUAAUCCAUCAGGAGGACCCGCAGUUGCUCCCUCCCAGGUCCCCUCUCUUUCUGGAACAUCCUACCCACUCAUUGCUUGGCACCAUGUAGAGAUACCAUCUCCUUCUGCCCAUGGUUCUCACCAUCUGGCUCCAGCAUAUUUUAAAAGUCAAGGGAAAGAGCCAGGCAGAGUAGCACAAGCCUGUAAUCGCAGUGUUUGGGAUCCUAAGGCAAGAUGAUCUUGAGUUCCAGGAAAGCCUGAGCUAUUCUGGAAGACCAGCUCAGAACCAGAGAGAGAAAGAGAGAAAAGAGCUAAACUCUCAACCUCCACCUUCCUUCCCACUACCCGUAAGAGAAGUGAAGCAAGUGGGUGCCAUGCUUCAAACAGGGCAGCUUACACCUUGGGAGUCUGCCCAUCUGCAUACGUAGCCAUCCACUGAGUCCACAGGCAGUUAGACGCUGGACCUGAGAGGCUCAUCAGCCAGGCUCUCUCACUCCGCACCCAGGAUGCUAACACAGAGUUUGUGCCAGGAAGUGGGCAGGUUCCACGCCUGUGGUAGUCAAGCAUUAAGUGGCACAAGGGUUUCUGGCCUCUCAGUAUCCCCCUGCCUCAAGUGGAACUGAUUCCAAACCCUGAACCCCUCACUCUGUAGACACAGGCAGCCAGACAGGGAG